UUUCAAACUUUUGGGCAUUUUUUUUUUCCCUUCUUCCGAAUCUGAUUCCCAAAUUCUGCAACCCUAAGAAAUUUCCGAAAUUUAAUUUUAUUCCUCCUAUUUCUAUUAAUUUCAGUUGACCCAAAAUUUGAACUUUGGUUUUUUCUUCCACUGGGAAGAAUAUCCGAUAGGGUUUCCUGUAAACUGACCGAUGGGUGAAUGCAAAGUGGAGAACAUGUCUCUCCCGGCGCUCUUCGAGCAAGCUCGGAAGAUCCAUCUAAUGGUUACGGAGUCUGGUGCUGGGUCUGAUCAGGAUGUGGUGAGGAAAGGUUGCGAGGCUUUGGAAAAGUGCGACGAAAUGAUAAGCAAGCUGGGGUUGUUCUCAACUAAUGAGACCAAGGACGAUAUCAGCACUAGUAACCUUAAAUAUCUUCUGGUGCCAUUUUAUCUUGGUGAGCUGACUGAAAAAGUUGCGCAUGAUGACAGAAUACAUAUUCUUAAGGUUUGCCAAGCAAAGUUAAAGGAAUUCAUUUCAUUUUGUGAGUCAAUGGAACUUGUACCGGAAGAGGAAUUAGAAACAUCUAUGGAGGGGGGUGGUGCAAAUUCCUUUGCUGAUCGAAGGGCUCGGAAGAUUUCUCGGUUCAAGCGCCAGAGAGCUGCAGAGUCAAAGUUGCUGGAAAUAAAGGAGCGGAGAGAACGGCGUGGGCGUUCCAGUAAAGCAGCAGCUCUAUCCACUCCUGUUGAGGCAGGAGAGGAAGAUGUCUUAGAUGAUGAUGGAGAAGAAGAACGGGAGGCCUGGUUUACUACUAUCUCGUUAGCUAUCUGUAAGGCUUUUGAUUUGCUGGAAAUGCUGAAGAAGGAGGAAGAGAUGCUGUCAGCUAUAAAGGAAAGACAAUCAAAGGAGGGGGACAAGGAGUUUUCUCGGGACAUACUUGAUGAUCGCACCAGAAGAGCAGAAACAUGGCAUCGUGAUGCUGCAACUCGAGCGCAAUAUACUAAACCAGUACAGCCUAUAACAUGUGCUACGUUUGCUCAAGAUGUUCUAGAAGGGAGAGCGAAGGCCUCACAGGCACAUGAUCACAAGCACCAGCCCCUGAUGUUUGGACCUGCAAGCCUUGUGGGUGGAAGCCUGACAAGUGAAAGGGAAAGGAUGGCAGCUCAGGUUUUCCAACCUGGUUAUAGGUUACCUACCAUGAGUAUUGAGGAAGCUGGGCUAAAGGAGAUGGAAAUGAUGAAUAAAUGGCAAGAGAGGAAUGCUAAACUCAUGGAGGAAGCCAAUUCUUCAUGGUACAAGGACAAUCGUAAAAUGGGGAUAAGUGAAGAGGAUGAAGAUGAUGAUGCAGCCCAAGAGAAGGCGAGAGCGUGGGAUGACUGGAAGGAUGAUAAUCCUCGUGGUGCAGGCAAUAAGAAGCUUACCCCAUGUGGCUAAAGUAGCACACACGAUAUAAUUAAUGUAUAAUAUCCUAGAUAUUUAUUAGAAUAAAUAUUUUUUGGUAGGCGAAACUUUUCAGGAAAUUCAGCUCAUGUAAAAACUUCCAUUGCUUUUAAGUUAUUGAUUAGAGAGCUAAUCCCGAAUGGAUUUUCGAUGUUUC